CAAAAAAAAAAAUUAUUGGAAAUCGUAUAUCAAAUGUGUAAAUAAAUAAAGUUGCAUGGAUUUUACAAUAAUUUAAGUGUUUUUUGCAACAUUAGUUUAAAGUUGCUUCUGCAAAAUUCGGUGUCAGUGAAUUUUAUUACAUAGUAAAACGUCGAAAAAAUAAAGUUCGAAAAUCAGCCAAAAAAAAUCCAAAUUCUUAUUAAAAAAGUCAACAAAAGUGAAAUCCUAAAUAAAACAAUUAACAAUAUGGAUAAUAGCCCUGUAUCGUAUAUGCUUGUAACAGCCAACGUUGGAAGUGUAUUCGAGGAUCCGUCUCGAUUACUCAAGACAUGGAUCAGCGAAUUCCUCAUCAAAGUGAGUUUCUUCAAACCGCAAUUUAUUGGGCUGCAUCUGCAGGAAGUCGGCGGAAAGACGUACGAAAAAUCAAUGGAAUACGUACAAGAGUUUAUAAAGAUUUUAUGCGAAUCGACCGAAUUGCAGAGCUAUGAUCGGAUAAGAGUUUAUUUGGAUGAAGAUUAUACAUCCGCCGAAAACUUUACAGCUCUUGGAAAUCUCUAUUUCAUAGAAAAAACGUUACCAUCGGUCAAAAUUUGGAAUUUUCUGACACACGAAUGGGACACCGUCGAAGGAAAAAGUAUUCAUACCGGAAAUAUUGAAGCAGUUGCCACGAAAGAAAAGGCCAAAUUUCCACAACGCUUCUUUCCUGAGUGUAAAUGGUCGCGAAAGGGAUUUCUCCGCACACGGUGGGAAGUGAAGGGUACUGUCAUCGAUCUGGUGAACAUUCACUUGUUCCACGAUGCAUCUAAUUUGGCGGCGUGCGAAGAAUUUCCAUCCGUUUACUGUAAGAGCCGUCGCAGAGCACUGGUACAUACACUUGAACGAUUUCACACCGACACUGUCAAUGGAACGGCACCGUAUUUUGUGUUCGGAGAUUUUAACUUUCGCUGUGAUACUGAAGGCGUUGUUAAGAAACUGACCAAAGAUCUGUCUAUUCAUCGAACGUUGAAUAUCAAAAAUGAUCAUACAAAAUUGCAAUAUCGUGAUGACGUUGGUAGUAACAUACUUACUAUAGGAAAAAAAGAAUUUUUGCACACUGAACAUCAAACCAAAUUUAAAGAGUCCUGGCUUCAACAAUUCGAUCGCGAAUUGGAGCCACUAAAGGAAAUACUAGUCGAAUAUCCAAUCACAUUCCCUCCAACAUAUCCCUACGAAGAAGAACCGACUAUGCCACAGAACUAUAUGUCAACACGGUGUCCGGCGUGGUGCGAUCGAAUAUUGAUGGACCCAAUUGCCAAAGAUCUGAUUGUUGACGAAAAUUUUUCAUCCAAAGAUUACAAUGUUGUCGGCGAAGAUAUGUGCAUGGGAGAUCAUAAGCCUGUCUACUUAAACAUUAGACUGAAAGUAUAUCAAGGUAUAAUUGUGUGUAGUUGCAAGCAUGCUAAAAAUCACUUUAGUGACGCUUCCUGUAUUGAAACGACAUGCUUACAUUCUAGUGCUGAUUUGAAUGUGCUAUUAGAAUGCCUUAAAUCGAAAGAUAGUCAAAACUUGAAUACAUUUAACCUUUCGCACAUAGAUGUUGUAAGUGUAACACCCGUUUCGCCGUUAGUUAGUUGUAAUUCAAAGAAACCACCGCCGAUCAGCAUUAAUGUUACCGAUACGGAAAACGACGAAAGUGUUUGUAUGUGCGCCGUGUUCGCCAGUUCCGAUAACAUUCUUGCCGAAUCAAAUGCCAUGAUUGGAGCCAUCUGCUCGAAAUGUCGCAACAUAAUCAAGCAACAGCCGACCGAGCAUCGGAAAACCCUAAUAUCGAAACGGUUGACGCUCGCCAAUGACAUCAUUGUCAAUCGUGUUGAUACACACUUUUUGUCAUUGAAUUCCUACGUAUCGUCCAAAUGCGAACCGUACACACCCGAAAGUAUUGAAUCUCAUUCACCGCAACCGGAAUGCUUGGAUUACAGUGAAAACGAUUACGAUGACAGUGUUGACAUCAUUGGCAAUGUCGUCGAGGCGGAUGAUCUGCCGAAAAUGGUUCCGACAAUGCAGCAGACGAUCGCACCGUCACAAGGUGUUUCACCGCGUCAGCUUAAAUCUCGAUUGGAAAGUUUGACGCUGAAUCGAACGGAGAAAGCGUUCGAUCGACAAACCGAUCGCGAUCUUAAAGUGAAAAAAUGCUUUGAACGAUGUUGUUGUCACAUUUUGUAGCGAAUUGUUUCGUUUUUGUUUUUCGUUGUGCGGAACUCGUUUUUAAGUUUCCAAAAUACUUAAAAUUUGGAUUAAGCAAAGAAAAUAAUUCCUAAAAUUUAAUGAAUCACAUUUAAAUACAUUAAUUUAGUGAAAGAUAAGAGCGCGCUUAGCCGCCGUAGGUUAAUACAGUAACAUUUAUUUCCUAUUACAAUUGCCAUCAAAAAUGUUGCCAAAUUUCUUGAGUUUUUUUUUAUAAGUUUUAUCCAGAGGCGACUGACGAAAUCGAAUUGAGUGGACUCUAUAAUACUUAAUCAUUUGCUUACGCAAAAUAAUCUUUGUUUCAAUUUGUACUAGUCCAUACGUUCUUAAUGUUUUUGGUUCCAAAAAAUAUUUGUGUGCAACAUAUCGCCAGCCAACAAUUUAGACCCAACGGCAAUUUCGGUCACGCCAUAUAUGCGCUAAAAAUUUGAAUAUUUUCAACAGAUAGUUAAACAAGAUGACGCUGACGUCAUAUAAUAAAUGUCAAAAACUGAGAGUUAAAAUGACCUGCUAUGCGGUAUGUUUUGAAAUAGAGGGCACACUUACGGCGUGAAUUAGGCCACGGUUUGAUAACGCCUUAAGAGUGAUAUCGCCAAAUCUUCAGGUG